AUGUGCCCCGGUCCAUCAAAGGUCACCUACUACGAGAUCAGCUGUGUCUUCGACCUGGCGAUGAACGCCUGGGUCGACUACCUCAAGGGCGUGAUCCCGGCCUACCACAUGCAGGUGCUACUGAAGAUGUCGGGCAACUUCAAGGACUCCUGCUUUACGCGUAAAGUCAAGGUCUGCCUCUGGUGGCCCAAGGAAGAGGGAGACAAGGCUACCCGGGAGGAGCUCGCUGGCCAAUCCCCCAACGGAAACAUGAGCCUCGACGUCGUCAUACAAAUCCUCCCCAAAGCUUUCAUACACGUCCGAGAUGCAAUGAACCAUGCUGCCUCGGUCAUCGAGCAGGCCAAUCCAAGUAUCGUCGGGAAGACUGAGAACUCGAGGAAAUAUUCCACCUGGGACGCCGACAUGACAUCCGAGCAGCUUCUUACAGCGCUCUCAAUAGAUACGACCGCUCGCGGUGGCGCCAAGGAGCCCGAUAUUGGCCGGGUCAAGGACGAGCGCCCAUGGACGAGGAGCCUGACGUUGGCCGUGCCGAGCAAGACGAAUUCAACAAGCACAGCGCUGCCGACACCGGCCCACAGGCUCGGACAGAACAUUACGAAAUACAGGGGCGAGAAGGGCCAGAGCGCCGCUCGCACCGCUUCGCAAAGCCUCACCAGCAACAAAGGUCUAGACGUCGCCAACACUCGUGAGCGCGCCGCCACAGAUGCCCCAACCGGUGACACGGGCGACACCGGCAAGCGACCCCGUCCCCACGACUGA